AUGUCUUUUACGCUCUGGGUUAAAUAUAAUAAUGAACAGUCAGUUAGUCUCGAAAUUCAGAAAGGAACUGUGGACAAGUUGAAGGAUGCGAUCAAGCGUAGACUAAACUUGGGUAAGGUGAAUAAUGGUAGGAUUAUUCUUAGAAAACACGAAGCUACUGUCGAUUUAGAACCGGAUGAGAUUGUAGAUCAAAAUUUUGCAAAUACUGCUAAGACACCCCUUCAAAUUUUUACAACCGUCGUUAAGACCACCUUCCUUGUUCAAAAAUACGAUAAUGAGGGUAAACCAUUGCCGGGGAAAUUUGCAAGUUAUACGAUGUGUAAUGAUAAUGAUUAUCGUCUCUUUUUGAAGAGUUUCGAAGCGACUGGAUUGGCUCAUAUAUCUGAUGACAAAGAAGUACAAACGGUUAUCACCUCUUUGGAAAAUAUAGUACCUGGUGAACGCUAUGAAAUAGUGGCUUCCUAUAUAACAUCAAUCAGAAAUAAUGUCACCUGGUCUCAAUCUGAAGAUAAAGCAAUGGAGGACGAAGUGCUAUUAGCCGUAAAGAACUUUCUCGACAAAAUGUUCAAGUUAACUGUAGAAAUAUUCCCCGAGAGAAUAAUGUAUAAGAACAAAAUAGCGAUAAUGGAAUUUGACGGGAUUCUCAUUUGUGGCGAUCAGGUGUUCAUACUUGAAGCGAAAUAUAAAAUGACAGAUAAACAUAUAAAAAGCCUCAUUGAUCGAUUGUAUGAAUUCGAAACGAAUCUCAAAAUUACAGAUAGCUUAGAAUUUAAGAGGUUGAUGGGAAAACAAUAUGUUGGAGUUGCUUGCGGUACGUUAUUUACUGACGAAUUGAGGAGUGAAUCAAUGAAUAAAGGGUUAGUAGUUGUUUAUCCCUGCGGUAAUCGAUAUAAAGUAGAGGCGCCUCAAGAAUUGAUGAAUAAAGUGAAAGUUUGUACUUUAUUGUAG